AUGACUGAUGUACAACCUAGAAGAAGGAGUUCUACAAAAGACAUAUCCAAUUCACCAAAGUCAUCACAGACCGAUGAUGGAAAAUCAUCACCUUCCUCCUCCUCAUCAUCCUCAAACAAAUCAAACACCAAUUCAACCACAUCAAAAAGUACAGUUCCACCAGCUUCCUUAAUACCCGUACAACCAACUCCUUUAACAUCUCGUGACAAAACCACAAAAAGAUUAAUAGUAGUAUUAUCACAAGCAUGUUUAGAAACUUAUAAAAUGAAUUCAGGAAAUGGACCAGGAGGAGAUAGAUUUGCUUUAUUAAAUUGUGAUGAUCAUCAAGGAUUAUUAAGAAAAAUGGGAAGAGAUAUAGCAGAAGCAAGACCAGAUAUAACUCAUCAAUGUUUAUUAACUUUAUUAGAUUCUCCAAUAAAUAAAGCAGGAAAAUUACAAGUUUAUAUACAAACUGCAAGAGGUGUUUUAAUUGAAGUAAAUCCAAGUGUUAGAAUUCCAAGAACUUUUAAAAGAUUUAGUGGAUUAAUGGUACAAUUAUUACAUAAAUUAAGUAUAAGAUCUGAAAAUUCAAAGGAAGUUUUAUUAAAAGUUAUAAAAAAUCCAAUAACUGAUCAUCUACCUACAAAAUGUAAAAAAAUUACUUUAUCAUUUGAUGCUAAAAUAAGAAAAGUUCAAGAUUAUGUUUCUACAUUAGAUGAUGAUGAAAGUAUAUGUGUAUUUGUUGGUGCUAUGGCAAGAGGUAAAGAUAAUUUUGCUGAUGAAUUUGUUGAUGAAAAAAUUGGUUUAUCUGAUUAUCCUUUAUCUGCAUCUGUUGCUUGUUCAAAAUUUUGUCAUGGUUGUGAAGAUGUUUGGGAAAUUUAUUAA